CGUCGCCAUUUUGCCGGUGGCGACGACAACGAACCACGUAAAGACGAGAUGUCCCGCUUACCACGGCGACUGCAAACAACAGGCCACAGCUCUUCACCAGAGCCAGCAUUACCGUCAAUUGUAACCGUGUUUUUCAAAGGUAACCACGAGAACAGCCACCCAAGAAUGAACAAACGGAAAUACGACGAUCACGACCUCGGUGCAGAGGCUCUCGAUCAGCCACGAAAACUACCGGCUAUCGGGACCCUUAACAGCUCUCGGCCACUCGCAGCCUCCAGAACGGCACUCAAUGAACCCACCACCACCGUUUCUACUUCAGCAGGUGCUGUAUCAAAACCACCUUCGCGCCCUCCCUCUCGCCUGACAAGGCGAGAUCCACCACGACCCGGCACAGCAACAACCAGAUCACGAUCGACGCGUGCAACCAGUGCACCUCCAAAACCUUCUGGCCCACCGACGCGUCCACCAAUAUCACGCAUCCCCUCGGGUUCGGGCAUUCUCCGGCAGCAGAAUGGGCCCACGUCGAUAGAGUCUCUCCAAGUAGCCUCCGCACAACGACUCGCAUGUGAUAUGGAUGCAGAACGCGCAAAGGUCGCCAAACUCUCUGCCGACGACCGGGCACUAUCUCGUCAACUUGCAUCCGCGAAAGAACUCGACCUUGAUAAACGUCGCGCGCUGGUCGAUGCGGUAGACGAGCUCGAGCGCAUAAGAAUAAAACACCAGCGGGAGAUUGUCGAUCUUGAAGUGGAGGCUGGGAAACGCGCACGGGAGGCGAGGGAACGCGAGGAAGAGUUGAAAGUCGCCAAGGAAGAUUUAGAGACUGCUCGCGAGACAAUUGCGUCUUUGAAAUCCACGGUGGCACAGCAGUCAGGCGUGCAGGUCACUCUGAAUGCGCAGAUCGCAGCUCUGCAAGUGGAAAACAGGGAAUUACGGGCGCAGCUCGAUGACCUGUCGUCAACCGUGUCCAAGGGCGCGCUCGAGUACGCGGAUGCACAGCGCAAGAUCGAGCAACUGGAGAAAGAAGCGAGAGAAGCAGAGAUGGUGAGGAGAAAACUCCACAAUAUGGUCCAAGAACUCAAGGGGAAUAUUCGUGUAUUCUGUCGUGUGAGGCCUGUGCUCCCCCAUGACUUCGUUCCGCCAGCAGUUGCGGGGCUCCGUCGGCCGGGGUCGCCGGCAGAUGAUCAGGAAAGGGCCGCUGUUGCAGACCUUACUUUCCCGGACAAGGAGGACCACCGAGAGAUCGUCGUUUCCUCGACCAGUUUAAAUGCUAUGGGUCAGGAGAGGAAAGAAGCUUACAAUUUCACUUUUGACCGGGUAUUCGAACCCGAGGCAACGCAGAGUGACGUGUACGAGGAAAUAUCACUGCUCGCACAAAGCUGCGUGGACGGGUACAAUGUCUGCAUAUUUGCGUACGGACAGACGGGUUCUGGAAAAUCAUUCACUAUGGAGGGUGGCUCGACCGAGGCAACGGUGGGUAUGAUUCCCCGAGCAGUUGGCGAUGUAUUUCGAGCGGCAGAUGCCCUCAGAAGUAAAGGAUGGGAGUACAAAAUGGACGGCCAAUUCCUCGAAAUCUACAACGAAACGAUUAAUGACCUGCUCGGCAAGGGUGAAUUCGACAAGAAGAAACACGAAAUUAAGCAUGAGAAGCAGGGAAGUACAAUUACGACACGCGUGACGGACGUAAACGUCCUUCCGCUCUCGACACCACGGGAAGUCGCUUCACUCUUGCGGCUCGCCAAUUCUCGGCGGACGGUUGCAGCGACGCUCAUGAACGAACGUUCAUCGCGGUCGCAUUCCGUGUUUACGCUUCGUGUGUCGGGGUAUAAUGCGCAUACGGGGACACGGUGUGAGGGGUGCUUGAACCUUGUCGAUCUGGCAGGCAGCGAACGUCUGAACGCUAGCGGCGCGGCUGGGGACAAGGACAGGCUCAGAGAGACUCAAAACAUUAAUCGAAGUUUGAGUGCUUUGGGAGAUGUUAUUGCGGCGCUCGGAGAAAAAAGUGUGGAGAAGGCUUCCGAGAAGCACGUCCCAUACAGAAAUUCGAAGCUCACGUACCUGCUGCAAAACUCUCUGAGCGGGAACUCAAAGACACUGAUGAUACUCAACUUGUCCCCUCUUGCCGCCCAUCUCGGCGAAUCCCUGACGUCGUUGCGGUUCGCGACAAAGGUCAACAAUACCACCAUUGGCACGGCAAGGAAGCAGGUCCGUGGGCCCAGCUAAGUUCGGACUUCGGGAGAAUAUACAGUACCGUGGGCAAGUCAUCUCGUUACACAUUGUAUUAGAACUUCUGUGCACGCGUGUUCUGUGGAAACAUACAGUACGCGCAGUACAUCUAUCUAUAUGCCGCUCCACCUGUCUUGAUCGCCCCUUUCUUUUUUUUUUUGGUUUGGUCUGUUGGCAAAAUUUUCGUACUUCGUGUUCCUCCUCGUUCACGUUCACGGAGCCCGGCCGAGAAGGGAGAAGGGUCACGCAUCUGUGCACCAGCUAUAUAUUAAAAGUAUUAUUACUGUUAUGUUGUGGUACCAUUUUUUUUUGUUCCGCUGGACUGCUCUUCGAUUUCAGAU